CUGCAGCUGGUCUUCGCUUCUGCUUUGUUUACGCCCGCUAGCUUCUUCCGCCUCCCUCCCCUCUUCUCCUCCUCUCCCACACGCGACGCGACGCGCCUCCCUCCCCUCCCCUCCUGAUUCUACUGUAGCAGCAGCUAGGGAGACGGGGUGGGUGGGUGGUAGACCUUCAAGCUCCCUCCCCUCCCCUCCCCUCCCGAUUGGACCACGGGGACCGCCGCCGCCGUCCGCCGAUUCGCCGCCCGGGGGAGCUGAGCCGCGCUCCGCGCACCCCGAUCCGUUCAUCCAUGGUCAGUAUAAUCGACCCCGAGCUCCGACAGCCCCCGCCCCCGCCGCCCGACCCUGAGCCCGAGCCGCCGGGGAUGGACGACUCGCACUUCCUCGGAUCCAUCUGCGGGAUGGGGAUGGGGGACACCGUCCUCGCACAGCCCGCCCCCGAUGCUGCUGCUGCUCCGGGCCCCACACCGGGCCAGGCCCACCGGCAGCAGCAGCUGGUGCCCUCGCCGCCUAAGAAGAGGGGGAGGCCGCCCAGGAGCAGCGCAAACCCCAACGGGACGGCGGCGGCGGCGGCACCGGUCGCGCUCGCAGCCGCCGCCCCCGUCGGAACCGCAACAACCCUGACCCCCGCCGCCGCGAGGCGGGCCGAGGCCAAGGCCGCCAAGAAGCGCAAGGAGGAGGAGGAGGACGAGGUCGUCUGCUUCAUCUGCUUCGACGGGGGAGACCUCGUCGUCUGCGAUCGGAGGGGGUGCCCCAAGGUGUACCAUCCCGCCUGCAUCAAGCGGGACGAGUCCUUCUUCACCUCCCGAACCAAGUGGAACUGCGGUUGGCACAUAUGCAGCAGCUGUGAAAAGGCGGGGCACUAUAUGUGUUAUACUUGUACAUUCUCUGCCUGCAAAGUAUGCGUCAAACACGGCAAGUUCUUCGCUGUCAGGGGGGCCAAGGGCUUCUGUGAUACAUGCUUUGGGACUAUAUUGUUGAUAGAAACGAAAGAUGAAGGCGAUGAUACAAAGGUUAGGGUUGAUUUUGAUGAUCGAUUCACCUGGGAAUACCUGUUCAAGCUAUAUUGGUCGGAUCUGAAAGGGAAGCUUUCAUUAACAAUGGAAGAACUAACCGGUGCAAAGAGUAGAUGGAGUGCUCCUAUUGCUUAUGCUAGGAAAGAAAAAGAUGAAUCAUCUGAUGACUUAUAUGACGCUAAUUAUGAUGAUGGUGCCGGAAAACGAAGGCGUGCUAACCCUUCAAGGAAAAGGGGUAAAAAACGUCAAAACCCACAGUCUGUUUGUAGCGUUACUGUUGAAGAUGUCAAAGUUGCCACUGGAAAUGCUGAAAAGCUGCCCAAGAAGGAACCGAGUGAUGGGGUUUCUUUGCCGCUGAAUACCAAAUGGGCUUCACCAGAGCUACUGGAGUUUGUUGGCCACAUGAGAGAUGGCGACCAAUCUUUUAUUUCCCAGUUUGAUGUGCAGGCUCUUUUGCUUGACUAUAUAAAAAAGAAUGACCUCCGUGAUCCUCGGAGGAAAAGUCAAGUUAUCUGUGAUUCAAGACUUCACCGCUUGUUCAAAAAAACACAUGUUGCUCAUUUCGAGAUGUUGAGGCUUUUGGAAAUGCACUGUCCUGUAAGUGAUGCUUCAGCGGUAAAUAAUGGCAACCGUGGAGACAUCAAUCUUAAUUCAGCUCAGAUAGAUGCCACUGGAUAUGGUGAAGUGGCAGAUAAACUGUAUCCUGAUAGGAAGAAGAGGAUGCAUAGAAAGAUGGAAAGAGAAUCACUGUCUAAUCUCAAUGAUUACGCAGCAAUUGACAUGCACAAUAUAAGUUUAAUCUAUCUACGCCGUAGCUUGAUGGAAGAUCUUAUUGAUGAUCCCACGUUCUCAGACAAAGUUUCUGGUGGUUUUGUGAGGAUAAAAAUUACCGAUGUUGGACAGAAGCAAGACAUGUAUCGUCUAGUGAAAGUAGUUGGGACGCAUAAGGUUGCAGAAAAAUACAACAUCGGGAAGAAAAAGACAAAUUUUGCACUUGAGAUAUUAAAUCUGAGAAAAAAGGAGAUUAUCACGAUGGAUACAAUAUCAAAUCAAGACUUUACACAGGAGGAAUGCAAAUGCUUGAGGCAGAGCAUGAAGUAUGGUCUAAUCGAUCGACUAAAAGUGGGAGAUAUUCAAGAUAAAGCGACGAUCUUCCAAUCUGUAAGAGUGAAUGAUUGGUUGGAAAACGAAAAGCAGAGGCUGGGCUAUCUUCGAGACCGUGCAAGUGAAACAGGACGCAAAAAGGAACUUAGAGAGUGUGUGGAAAAGCUGCAGCUUCUCAACAAUUCCGAGGAAAGAGCGCGCAGAAUAAAUGAAGUUCUAGAAGUGCAUAUUGAUUCCCAUAUGGAUCCUGAUUAUGAAUCUUCUGAAGAGAUGGAUGAUAAAAGAGCUGUUGAACAGAAUGGAAGUGGCAAAAGAUCAAAUGGGCUCUUCUCACCAAUUAAAGUGCAAAAUUAUGCGAAAAUCAUGUCUGAUGCUAUCCGUAAUCCCAAAAACCUAUCAAAACAAAGUACAAUACCGAAAUUGGGAGCUGGAAGAAGCUCUAAGAAUUCCCAUUCAACAACCGGUACGGAUAUUCCAAAAUCUGGCACCAACGUAAGCAGCAAGAUGUGUGAAGCUGUACCCAUUUCAUCUCCUGGAGUGACACCAUCUACUGAGUUGGAGCCAGAGAAAGUCUGGCACUACAAGGAUCCAUCUGGAAAUGUUCAGGGCCCAUUUACUCUUUUGCAGCUAUCUAAAUGGACAGCUUACUUCCCACGUGAUCUGAGAGUAUGGCUCAUUUUUGAGAGUGAAGAGAGAUCAUUGUUGUUGACAGAAGUGCUUUCAAAACAACCAAAAGAUUUCGGUCAGGUUCCACCAGUUAGAAGUAGUAAAACAAAAUUGGCAGGAUCUGGACAACACAGGAACAGCUCAAAUGUGGAUUUGAACAGCACUCCAUCCCCAGCUGGUUAUAGUAGGUUUAAUUCUUCUGAAACGACAGUUCAGUCUACUAAGUAUUCUGUUCCAGAAAGGGCGAGUCCGCUGCACUCUUCAGAUGAAUUGCAACAUGGUGGAGUACAGGGAAGACACUCCGCUGAAUGUAACAACGGCCACAACCGGGGUGAUCGGUGGAGUCCAAGCACGACGCAGACAAGUUGUAGUGGGCAGAACAAUGUAGAAUCUCAUCGUAAUCAGCAGGCCUCACGGUCACAGGUUCAGCAUAAAAGUAGUUUACAAGCAGGUUGUGUAAAGGAUCUGGAUUCGAGGCAGGAUUAUUCGCACAAUUUACCUACUCAAGUAACCAGGAGAGAUGUCCCCAGUCCUGUACUUGCUUUGAGUCCAUCCGAGUCCAGAACUGCUUCAAGUCAACACGAAAGCUCUUGCUUGAGUUCAACCAAUCCGGGCCUGCAUGAUGAACUCCAUUCUUCUAUUACUUCUGAAAAGACUAAGAGCUGUGCUCCUGCAACUUCUGUUGAAGACAGAGGAUCUAGUUCACCGUCUGCCAUGCUGGCCCACUCAGAAAGAAUUCCAGUCUGCAGUCAACAGUCAGUUCCUUCCGCAGCUGUUCCUGAAAUAUGCAAGGUGGGGGAGGAGAUCAAGAAUGAGGAAAAAACACGUGAAACUGACGCAUCAAAUGUUUCAGUUAAUCAGUCUCCUCAGUCCAAGAUGUUCCCUGAUUCUUCUCCUGACAACCAAGAUAUUGAACGUGAAUACCCUAAUCCAAUGCAGAAAUCUGAGAGUAAGAAGGCUGAUGUGGCCAACUCAGAAAGAGUUCCAGUCUGCAGUCCACAGCCAGUUCCUGCGGCAGCGAUUCCUGAAAUAUGCAAGGCAGGGGAGAUGAAGAAUGAGGAGAAAACACGUGAAGCUGACGCAUCAAAUGUUUCAGUCAAUCAGUCUCCUCAGUCCAAGAUGUUCCCUGAUUCUUCUCCUGAUAACCAAGAUAUUGAGCAUGAGUGCUCUAAUCCAAUGAAGAAAUCUGAGAGUAAGAAGGCUGAUGUGGCCCAGUCAGGGUCAAAAUCAGCAAGACCUGAAACUUUGGAUACUAAGAUACCUGACCACUCUCCAGUUUCUUUUGUUUCGCCGAAAUUUGAUCUUCCAGCUGGGGAAACAGGUGCAACAGAUUCAGCACCUAACCUGGAGAAAACAGAUGGAAGUGGUGAAGAUUUAAAUACUCAAAAGGAGUGUUACAGUGAGAAAACAGAUGGAAGUGGUGAAGAUUUAAAUACUCAAAAGGAGUGUUACAGUGAGAAAGUGGUAGCUGAUCCUGCUUCUUGUGCUAAGUCAAUAAACGCGUCUGAUGUUCCGGAAUCAGCAUGUGAUCUUCCAACUGGUGAAGUAGGAGGCGUGGAUAAUGUGGAGAAAACAGUUUUGAGUGGUGACGAUUCAAGUACUCGAAAAGAAUGCCACAGCAAGAAGACUACUCUUGUCACAGGGGAGAAAUCGGUAGCUGAUACUGCUUGUGCAGAGUCGAUCAACACGCCUGAUGUUCCCGAAUCAGUAUCUAAUCUAGAGAAGAGAGAUUCCAAGGCUCAAGAUUCAGAUAUUCAAAAAGAGCUGUACAAUGAGUCUAUUAUUGUCACGAGUGAGAAACUGUUAGCUGAUCCUGCUUCUUGUGCCGAGCCUGCUGUUCCGGAAAGAGACUUAAUGGGCGCCGAUUCAAAUAUCCAAAAAGAGCUGCACAGCAAGUCUACUCUUGUCACAAGUGAGAAAAUGGUGGUUGAACCUGCCUCUUGUGCUGAGAAAGUUGGCGUGCCUAAUGUUCUGUGCUCAGUAUCUAACCUGGAGAGAAGAGAUCUAAACGAUGAAGAUUCAGUUAUUCAAAAAGAGCUGUUCAGCGAGUCUACGCUUGUCACAGGUGAUAAAAUGGUGGGUAAAGCUGUCUCUCAUGCCGAGUCAGUAGAUGUGCCUAAUGUUUUGAAAUCAGUACCUAACCUGGAGGGAAGAGAUCUAAACGUUGAAGAUUCAAUUGUUCAAAAAGAACCGUUCAUGGAGUCUACUCUGUCCACAAGUGAUAAAUUGGUGGUUGAUCCUGCCUCUUGUGCUGAUGUCUCUGAUGUCUUGGAAUCAGUAUUUAACCUCGAGCAAACAGGUUUGAAUGGUGAACAUUCAAAUAUUCAGAAGGAACUGUACGAGGAGUCUACUCUGGUCACAAGGGAUAACAUGGUAACUAAUCCUGCCUCCUGCGCCGAGUCAGUACAUGUGUCUGAUGUCCUCGAACCAGCAUUCGACUUGGAGAAGACAUAUUUUGGAGGUGAAGGUUCAGAUAUUCAAAAAGAAUUGCAUGAAGGGUCUACUCUCGUCACGAGAGAGUACAUGGCGGUUGAUCCUGCCCCUUGUGCCGAGUCGGCAGAUGUGUCUUUAACAGAACAAAAUCGUGGAGCUUUGUGCAUGGAUUCACUAGCAGCAAUAGAGCAAUUCAUGACCGCUUCACCGGAGGAAGAACCACAAUGCUCUAGCCCCAUUGCGUUAUCCCCAUGGGGUGAAUCUGGUUACUAUCAAGGCGACGCUGUUGAUUCUGGACUAUGGGGUGUCCAAGAUGACACAAUCAAUGAAAUGUGGUCAUUGCUGUCACCGACGCCUACUCCCCAAAAUUUAUCUGGGGUUAAAUCUGAGGUGGAAGGUGGUGCCCAUGUUGUCAACGCGGCAACUGUUUCCCAAGGAGAGUACGAUUUUUUCCAAAGAGAUCCAACACCAGGGGUGCAUUGGGGACUGACUGAGCAGGUGAAACCAAAAGCAACUGCUGCAUCAGUAUCACCGAUAGAUGUGAAUGUGAGCACAGGAGCAUUUGGCUGGCAACCAUCAGCCAGCGAGAGAUCAAAUGCUGCAUCAGUAUCAUCGAUAGAUGUGAAUGUGAGCACAGGAGUAUUUGACUGGCAACCAUCAGCCGGUGAGAGAUCAAACGCGGGAGCCGCAUGGAGCACUGGCUACAAUCCAAACAUGUACUCUAGCUAUGGAGCAGCAGCAGCAGCAGCACCCUCUGUUAGAGCCUCUCAGCAAGCACCGGUGAAGCAGGAAUACACCGAGUUGGACGCUGCUAAUUUCGGAGGGGCCCUGAGGAAUUUCGGAGCGUCCUUUGGGAACAACACCAAGAGCUGGAAGGCGCCCGCCGGCAAUGCCAACCGAGGCAGCCAGCGCCGCGACAGGUACUCUGAGAUAAGUGAGUCUUGGCUCCUUAGCUCGAAUAACAACCCUAGGAGUAGGACAGAUGGAUUUAGCGGUGGCGGGACAUCACGGACGCCCCCGAGGGGGCAACGGUAGAGAGAGGGCGGUAUGUAAAUCCCACGAGAGCAGCGGGUACCCUACCUGCACACGUCACGUCGUUUCUACAAGAGUAGAGAAAUGAAGUUUUUGAGAUUCUUUGGGUCAUAUGUUUCCACUUUUGUAUAGACUAAUCAAUGAAUCAAUCACGAUGGUAGUCGACGUUAGGAGCGCGCGCACACGAUCGAUCUCUGUUCAACUGUAGUAGUAAGAGUACCCAGUAUAUAUAUGUAUGUCUAGCUUAGGAGAAUGACUUUUGAGUGUUUCCCCAAGUAGAUUUCUCUAUUGUGGGGGCAUGGCAAUAUCCCACUGGAGCUGCAUGUGUACCGAAAACUAUUUCUUUCAUCUUGGCCUCGAUUCGCCUGAUGUACCGAAACUAAACUGUGAUGUCCGACUGAAUUGUCUUGGUUAUCUGA